AUGGUUUUCAUCGGCCGAGACUGGCGGGCCCCCGGCGAGACGUGGAUCCGCACCCCGCAGACGAACGGCUGGGAACGAAGCCGAUUGCGCCCGUUGCAGAUAGCCUGCGAAGCGAUCCCGGUGCCCGGAAGCGUAGGGGGACUUGAUGAACUUUGCCAUACCCCAUCCUCCGCCUCACUCCAAAGCGUCGACUCGACCACAUCGAGCUCGAGCAACUCGCGGGAUUCCCUCUCCGAUGAGGGUGCCAGCGAGCUCGAUGAAUGCUGGGUCCCGCAUUGCCACAUCAAGAGCAAAACCAAGGAAUUUGUCGGCGUGACCUCAAUGAGCGACGCCUUCCACAAUCUGGACAUGGCACGAGGCGUCUAUGACCUGAAAAGAUUCGCCUACAUCACCAAGACUUGCCAAAUUCUGAUCGACGAAAAGUUGCAAAACCUCUCGGCGACGGCCCGCAAGACGCUGCUCCAAAUCCUGACGGCGAUCGUGUUGCGCGCAGUGGAUAAUGAUUUUCAUCAAGAGACGGCCCGGGAGUUAGUGUCUAAUUUCGGCAGCCAGCUUGAGGGGACGGUUUGCAUGCAUCACGUUUGCGGUAGCCCUUCGCUUGUCUCGAAACAUCGACAAUCAGCCACCGGAUUGUUGGACUUUGUCUCAAAUCAGUGCCCUCGGACCCCGGCCGACUCUGAUGAGACUACCAUAACCUUUUUGGAUUUGCCGCGAGAGGUAUUGUCCCUCGUCCUACGGAAGCUGCCCGACCACACUUCGGUGCUUGAGACAGCAAAGGCCCAUGAAGCCCUUGAGUCAUUGGUCGAGUCGGAGGGACGACUUUGGGAGUCAUUAGCCCGUUUCCAUUUCGCCCCACACCACAUCGACAAGGAGAAAUCCGGGCGGACGUGGCGAGAGGCGUACUUCUACCUAAAGCGCCACCACGGUGUCAAAGAGUUCUACGCCGACAUGAUUCACUUAUGCUGCCAUUGCCGCUGCCUUUUCUGGCGAUCGCUUGGCCAUCCCUGCGUAUCGCAGAACGCUCCCUCAGUGCGGGUCACUCCCCAACAAUUUGUAGACAUGUUGCUUUUCCUG